ACCAAAUUCAAUCUUAAAAAAAUGACGGAUGCAAUUGUUACGGUUGUCGUGGAGCAGCUAACAACAAUCCUCCUUGAAAAGACAAAACGAGAGGUGAAACUGGUCACUGGGGUGGGGAGAGAUCUCAAGAAGCUAAAAAGCAAUCUUGAGUCCAUCCAUGCUUUGCUUGGUGAUGCUGAGGAAAGGCAGAUCAAGGACAACAGCAUCAAGCUUUGGUUAAAGAAGCUCAAACAAGUAUGUUAUGACAUGGAGGAUGUGUUAGACGAGUGGAAUACUUCAUCCUUGAUGUUGCAAAAAGAUGAAGCAGAUAAGAAGAACUUUUCUCCUUUCAAGGGAAAGGCAUGUCGUCCCUUCAAUCCAUGUUUCUCUUUUGGCCAAGUUGUUCAACAUCGUGGCAUUGCUCUUAAAAUAAAGGACAUUGGUGAUAGAUUAAAUGAAAUUGAUGAGGAGAAAAAUCAGUAUCAAUUGGCACAAAGGAAAAUUACGGAGUCUAGAAGAGAAGAGAGUACAAGUUAUACUGAGCUGUCAAAGCUCCAUGGUCGAGAUAAGGAAAUGAAAGACUUAAUAAACAGUUUGUUGUGUGGUAGUAGUGAUCCAGGACCAGGAGAGAGUGAUGCCAAAACCAUCUUUGUUGUAGGCAUGGGUGGUGUGGGUAAAACAGCCCUUGCCCAGCUGAGUUGCAAGGAAAUUAUUGUUUCUCUUGAAAGUCUCGAUCAUGUUUCAGCUCGAGAUCUUGAUUCUGUUUCACUGCAAAUUCUUGUGGAGAAAAUUUGCAAAUCUAUUCAGAGGAAGAAGGUUCUUCUUGCUCUGGAUGAGGUGUGGACAGAUAAAAGUAGUAGCUUGGAAUCACUGAAUGUAGCUUUCAACCAUGCAGCACCUGAAAAUGAUAGUUGGAAAAUACUAAGCCAAGAAGCUUUUGUUGGAAAAACUGAUGAACAAUGUAAAAGUUUGGAGGACAUGGGAAGAAAAAUUGCAGAGAAAUGUAGUGGACUGCCACUGGUGGCGAAAGCUCUAGGAAGCAUGCUGCGUUUCAGGGAAACAGAAGAAGAAUGGGAAAAUAUCUUGAACACUGAGGAUUUUGACAUCAAAAGAGAUGACCUGAUUCAUCAGUGGAUGGCACAAGGUUAUUUGAGCUCUAGUCAGAAUCAAGAGAUGGAAAUUAUUGGAGUUAUAGGAAACUCACCAUCUGUCGGUAGUACUGGCAGGCCAUACACGUUUCCUUACUUCCAUUCUUGGUGCGGUAAAAUUGCGAAGCCUGAACAUCUUCAAGAUUGAUGAUGAAGAAGAAGAAGAAACUGAUAAGUGUUUGAGUAACUUGUUUAUUCAGGCAAAACAUCUGCGUUUACUGAAUUUCCAUGGUGGCACUGGUAAUAUUGGUGGAUUUCCUAAAGAAAUAGGCAAGUUGAUGCAUCUGAGACUGAUUAACUUGUCUGAUAGUAAGUUGAAGAGAUUACCUGAAGCAAUACGCAAAUCAUGUAAUUUGCAAUCUUUAUAUCUAAGAAGAUGUUAUUAUCUGGAGAAAUUGCCAGAUAAGAUGGAGAAAUUGAUCAGCUUAAGGUAUCUUGAUACAACUGAGUGUUGUAUGACUUGCUAUCCCAAAGGAAUUGGGAGACUAACAUCUCUGAGGGAUUUAAAGGGGAUUGUGCCUUGUUUCUUCUCUUUGUUAUGUUUGUUUUAUUGUACUAUAUGCGUUUCCAUGGUUUCUCUGUUGGAUGACAGAAUACAAAACUUAUAAUCUU